UCAAAAGUACAAAGCACUUUGGGAGGCUUUUUCUUUUUUAAAUAUUUUUUCAGAGGUUAAAAAUUAAAUUUCAAAAGCCCAUCUGGGAUGGACAAGAGUCUUCAACAGAGACACCUUACCUGAACACCUCCAACAUGAAGCUCAUUCAUAUUGUUUUGUUAUUUUUGGGCUUCCACUUAAAUCUUUGUGUGAGUUCAACGUCAGACCCAUCUCAAGAGGAUCCGGUGGACAGCAAGUGCUUACUGAAAAAAUACACACAUCUUUCCUGCACUAAAGUCUUCUGCCAGCCAUGGCAGAAAUGCAUUGAUGGAACCUGUACUUGUAAGCUCCCUUAUCAGUGCCCAAAGAAUGGCACCUCCGUGUGUUCAACCAAUGGAAAAAGCUACCCGACUUACUGUCAUCAGAAGAGCUUUGAAUGUCUUCGUCCAGGGGCAAAGUUCUUAAAUCAAGGAACAUGCACAGCUGAAGGAAAAUUUAAUGUUUCCUUAAGUUAUGGGAACACAGAUUCAGAGGGAGUCGUUGAAGUAAAACUUGUGGACCAGAAGGAGAAAAUGUUCAUAUGUAAAAGGAGCUGGAGCAUGACUGAAGCCAAUGUGGCCUGCGUUGACCUUGGAUUUCAACAGGGUGCUCUUAGUACUCAAGGAAGGUUUUAUCCACCUACAGAUCUCCAUAUUAACACCACUGAAUGUCUGCAUGUGCAGUGUCGGGGAUUAGAGACCAGUUUAGCUGAGUGUACUUUUACCAAGAAAAGAACUAAGAUUUACCAGGGCUUAGCUGGUGUGGUGUGUUACACACAGGAUACAGCUUCUCCAACAGAUCCGUCCUUCCAGUGUGUGAAUGGGAAAUCCAUUGCCUGGGAGAAGGCAUGCAAUGGUGUCAAUGAUUGUGGAGAUCAAAGUGAUGAGCUGUGCUGUAAAGGAUGCCGAGACCAAAGCUUCCUUUGCAAGUCGGGUGUCUGCAUCCCCAGCCAGUAUAAAUGCAAUGGCGAGGUGGACUGCCUUACGGGAGAAGAUGAAGUUGGUUGUGAAGGAGCCAGACUUCCUGAAACUCAAGGACUUUCACGCUCUACUCAAGAAGAAAAAGAAAUAGAAGAACUUUUGACUCCUGAUAUGGAUGUGGAAAGAAAAUGGACAAAAUCCUUAUUGCCUACAGUGUCCUGUGGGAUCCCAAGAAACAUGCACAUCCGGAGGAAGCGAGUAGUUGGAGGAAAGCCAGCACAAGUGGGAGAAUUCCCAUGGCAGGUGGCAAUUAAGGAGGAAGAAAACAUCAACUGUGGGGGAAUUUAUAUUGGUGGCUGUUGGAUUUUGACUGCUGCACAUUGUGUCAGACCCAGUAAAGCACACCAUUAUGGAAUAUGGACCGGAUUAGUAAGCCGGGUAAAAUAUAAUACAGCAUCAGCGAUUCAGAAGGUGCAAAAAAUUAUUGUCCAUGAAAACUAUAAUGGAUCCACCUACCAAAAUGACAUAGCUUUGAUUGAAAUGAAAAAAAAGGCCAACCACAAAGAAUGUCAUUUCUCUAAUUCUAUCCCUGCCUGUGUUCCCUGGUCUCCAUAUCUAUUCCAACCUAACGACACAUGCAUCGUUUCUGGCUGGGGGCGAGAAAAAGACAACCAAAAAGUCUUUUCACUUAAAUGGGGUGAAGUUAAACUAAUAGGCAACUGCUCUAAGUUUUACUCAAAUCGCUACUAUGAAGAAGAAAUGCAAUGUGCAGGUACAGAGGAUGGAUCCAUCGAUGCCUGCAAAGGAGACUCUGGAGGCCCCUUAGUCUGCAUGGACGCCAACAACGUGACUUAUGUUUGGGGCAUUGUGAGCUGGGGUGAAAACUGUGGGAAGCCAGAGUUCCCAGGAGUUUACACCAAGGUGGCCAAUUAUUUCGACUGGAUUAGCUAUCAUGUAGGAAGAUCUCUGAUUUCUCAGUACAAUGUCUGAAGCGGUGACCUCCGUCUUCCUACCCUCCUUCGCGCAGUUCCAUUUGGAUGGGAAUAAAGCUGCAUAAUUAAUACAGAAAAUGAGGCAGAGCUUACAGCCUAUUGACAUUUUGCUGUGUAAUUCCCGAAUAAAAUAC